AUGCUGUCAUCUUCGUUACGCCGGGCUGCAUGGGCUCCUAUUGCCCCCAUCACCGGCAUCGCUCGCUCGUCCAGUCAAGCUCUUCCAGCUUCCUCUAAUACCCUCUUAGGCGCGGCACAGCAUGUCCGUCAGCGCCGUUACUCCUCAUCUUCUUCUUCAAAGCCCAGCGACGGUUCCAGAAAAGUCGACGCUUCUUCUCAGACCCCCGCAAAGGGCGUGAAUGCAAGCGAAAAGCGUGAGGGUAAGGCUUCCAGACGAAGGGGAAAAGAUAGCAGUGGCCGCAACGGCUCCAAGUCGAACCAGCAUACGGUCUUCUCGAGACUGCCUAGCGUUCCCUCCACCCAACACCUUCAACCCCAUGCCCUGAAGCAUUUGAUGCCAUAUUCACCGCGAAGAAAUCCACGAAACAUGAAUCGGAUGAUGUGA